AUGAUACCAAAUCCGCCAACGGACGGCAUAAGUGGCAUCAAAAACAUCACCGAGCUGUCGUCCAACUUGCUGGGAUUGGUGGGAGGUCUGAGCAAACCGCACGCGGCUGAUGAUUUCACCAUCAUCGUUGACCAUUUGAACGACAUUGUCACGGAUAUUGGCAAUGAAGUUGCAGCACUCGGCGCUCCCUUUGCCAUUAGUGACCAGCAAGGCCUCUGCGAUUCCUUCAGUGGCUUUGUCAACGUCACUCAAGAGCUUUUUGGCGUGAUCCUGGAAAAAGAGCCCCUCCUGUCCGAGGUGAACGUGAGCUCCGAUGCUGGAAGUUUCCCCAAUAUCCUGCGCGCCUUGACGAUUCGCGUCUUUCAGCUUGGAUCUAAAAUCAUCACGCUGGCGCCGAGCUGCGCGGAUGAACCCAAGAAGGAACUGGUGGAUUUCGUCGGGGCGGCUAACCAGACGAUUUCAUCGUUUCAGCUCGGCGGUUAA